AUGGCUUCCACCGACUACACCCACGAACUACAAAUCSCCCUCCUAGCCGUCCAACGCGCCACCCUCCUCACCAAAUCCGUCUUCAACUCCCACGCCAAAGGCACCCUCUCCAAAUCCGACGCCUCCCCCGUAACAAUUGGAGAUUUCGGCGCCCAAGCCCUAAUCAUCGCCGCUCUGCAACAUAAUUUCCCCCAAGAUGCCAUCAUCGCGGAGGAAGAAGCCAAAGACCUACGGGAGAAUUCGCAAUUGCGGGAUACAGUUUGGGAAUUGGUUAGGAAGGUGAAAUUGGAGGAUGAGAGUUCUGAGAGGGAUUUGGGGGGCCCGGUGGAGUCUACGGAGAGGAUGUUGGAGGUUAUUGAUAAGGGGGAUAGUUUGGGGGGGAAGUUGGGCAGGGUUUGGGCUAUUGAUCCUAUCGAUGGGACGAAAGGUUUCUUGCGGGGUGGGCAGUAUGCGGUGUGUUUGGGGUUGAUGGUGGAUGGGGAUGUCAAGGUUGGGGUGUUGGGAUGUCCGAAUUUACCGGUUUCUGAUGAGGAACCUUUGGUGGAGGGGACUGGGACGAAUGCUAGUAGUGAUGAGGAAGGAAAGGGUGUCUUGUUCUCUGCUGUUCUGGGACAGGGAGCGCAGAGUCGUGCUUUGACUAAAGGUGCCUUGGCGGACUCUACUCCCAUUCAUAUGAAGCCUUUGAAGAGCAUCUCCGAGGCGACUUUCUGUGAGAGUGUCGAGGCCGGACAUUCCAAUCAGGGGGAUUCCUUUGAGAUUGCGAAGAAAUUGGGCAUUACGAAGCCUUCGGUAAGGAUGGACAGUCAGGCCAAGUAUGGCAGUAUUGCACGUGGAGCGGGAGAUCUCUACUUGAGACUUCCAGUUAAGAAGGAUUAUGUGGAGAAGAUUUGGGAUCAUGCGGCUGGGGAUUUGAUUGUUAGGGAGGCGGGAGGAGAGGUGACGGAUGUGGAGGGUAAGAGGUUGGAUUUCAGUUUUGGGAGGACUUUGAAGGAGAAUAAGGGCGUUGUUGCUGCGCCUAGGGACGUUCAUGGGGAGGUUAUUCAGGCUGUGCAGAGUGUUUUGAGCAAGAAGGAGUAA